AUGGAGAAUAUUACUUUUGAAUCACAACCAACAAGUGACAGUCUUGUUGGAGGAGAGAGGAGUAAAGGAGAAGAUGAAAUUGAAGUUAUGAAAUUAUGGAAAGAUAAAGUUGAUCAUAAAAAGAAUUCAGUAGAUAAAGAAAUUAAUGACACAGAAAUUGAAGUUGGAAUAGAAACUUCCAACAAACCUGAAGAACAAGAACGAGAAGAAGAACCAAAAGAACAAAAUCGUAUUAUUAAAAAGUUUGAAUUUAAAGUUUAUACAAAGAAUCAACCUCAAUAUUUCAGUCUUCUUAAUAAAGAAAAAGAAGAAACAAAACCAAGAAGAUCUAGUUUUUUAAGUAAAAAAAGUAUUGAAAUAAUUAAACUUCCACCAUUUAAUGAACUUAAAUUACCUAGACUAGAUGCAUUUUCAUCUGACGCUCAAACAUGUCUUAAUCAAAAUAUCCAAUAUCAACAACCACCCUUUUUUGUACAACAACCAGAAAUAAUUAAUAAUACCCAAGAGAUAAUACAUCAAAAAGAAGAAUUUUCAUUAUAUCCUACAGUUUCUUUUUCUACUGAUACUGAACAAUAUGAUUGUUGUAAUUCUUUUAUAAAUCACAGUGAACAAUAUCUUCAAGCAGAACAACAAUAUCAUAUAAAUGAUGAAUUCUCUAAUUCUCUACUAAUUCCAAAUAAAAUUGGAAUUAAUAUAAAUGCCAAUUAUCCAUACCAAAUAUUACAAAUGAAUAGAGAUAGUUCUGUUAUGCCAUCUCAACAAAUUCAAAAUGAACUUUUAAGUGAACAACAAUCUUAUUUAGACUUUAAUUCUUUAUCUACUUAUAUUAUUGACUUUUGUGCUCAAAAUAAAAAUAUUAGUUUUCAAAUUACUGACUCUUAUAUUAGACUAACUGGUCCUAAUAAUACUUGUCUUACUUUUAAUCAAAAUGACCCAAUAGAUCCUCUCUUACAUUUUCAACUUCCUAUUGUAAAUGGUUUGUUAUUUGUGAUUUCUAUCAUUUUUAACUUUUAA